AUGGAUCCAACAAUCCCGGCCCCUGGCUCUGAUAACUCACGUGCGCAGCUAUCUUCCCUGCCAGCAUCAACCGUCGAAAGAGACCCUUCUCGAAAUGAUUAUCCAUUCCCCACUGCCAGCAGAUCCGGAAAUAGCCCAAUUAGAGGCCCGGGAAGAAUUGAUGCAUCGGCCACAACCUCCGGGACCCGCCUAGAGCCCCCGGCGACUGAUAGCGUUGCUAGCGGUGCUGGGAAAACCUCAAAGUCAAAGCGCAAGAAGAAUCGUCAACGAAAGCGUCAAAACCGACAGGAGUCCUUCCUCACACCCACCACACAAGAUUCUCAUGACCCACAGGCAAUCUCAUCGGGGACUGGUGCUGCCAGAGAGUUGAUGGAGGGUGAUCAUCCCACGCCAAAGGAGGUACCGUCGUUUUUCAAAUUGGGCAGGAAGUUGAGUGAAAGCAGCCUCGAGAGCGAUGCCCUACUGGACCAUCGGGAUCAGCCCAUGAUGCGUCCUCGUCGAGACAGUCGCCCCGCCUCAUCGUACCGACCCAGCUCGCUGGUUGCCACUGCCUUUCGAUCUAACGAUUCUCGUGCUACCAACACCACGGUCUUCAGACGGACCCAACAAUACCAAGGAGAUAGUGGUGGGUCUGAUACUAACGACCGGACGCCAUUGAUGCGCCAUCAGCCUGGACAUACACCUGUAUUUUCUCAUUAUGGAACGGAGUCGCGCGACUUGCCGCAGAUUCCACGACGGGCAUCCGUUCGGACGGUAUCAUCAUCGCAAUGCUCGCCAAAUCAUAGUAUCUACUCAGAGCGCGACUAUGACGUUAACAACCCGCCUUCGAUUCCUGGCACGCCCAAGAUCACUCCCGACAUGAACUAUGACGAUGCUAUGGUGACGGGGGCCGAGUUUGAUUUUACAAUGGCACGGUCUAUGGAGACUCGCAGGGAUUCGUCGAAUAGGACGAAUGACACCGUGAUUCAUAUGGAGGGAGCACAUCACUCCGCCCCUUCGUCAAUUCGCUCGGGUCAAUAUUCUCCGCAGGAGCUACGGCGGCGCCGAACUGUGGCUCUACCGGUGGAAGAAGAUGUUUGCUUCCCCGCCAUAUCAGACAUGGGAGAUGAAGAACCUCAAGUGGCACGAGAUGAGACCAAUGAACGGCGACGGCGCAGACAUCGGCCAUGGCCAGAUCUCUCAGUGCUGGAAGAGUGGAGUCGUGAGGAGAAAGAAGAUCGCAGUGGAGAUCAGCGUGUGAAGCAGAUCAGCGAGCCAAUGUUCAUCGAGGGCCGAUUACGCCCUCAAUAUAAACUCUGGCGCCGCGAGGAGGAGGAAGCACCCUAUCGGUUCACUUACUUUAAUGAAGAGCUGCAGAGUACGAUUCAUGCACAGACCAUCUCUGAGCUAGUACGGCCAGGAGGUGAUUUUAGGGAGCUUUUUAUUCCUGACCCACCGGAAUUGGAAGAUUCAUCGGACGAGGAAGACUUUGAAGGCGACAAUUCUGUUGCUGAGAGUGGUGCCGCACACUGGAACAACACCCCCGUUAGCGGUAUACGAAGACCAGCAUCGAACAUGGACCUCAAAUCGAGUGAGCGCGAUCCUGCGCAGGCAGCUAUCGAUGGAAACAAAGAGCUCCUGCGAAACUUGUCUGUCACUAGCGAGUCCAAGUUAAGCUCCCGCGAAAUUUCACCGUCGAAGCCAAACCCUACCGCGAAGCCCAAAAAGUACGGUCCUCGGCCAACGUUUUGGUUGGAUGUGCUCUCCCCAACCGAUGCAGAGAUGCGUACCAUCGCUAAGGCAUUUGGUAUCCACGCUCUGACCGCGGAGGAUAUCAUGAUGCAAGAAGCUCGAGAGAAGGUGGAACUUUUCCGCAGCUACUACUUUGUCAACUAUCGCACCUUUGAACAAGACGUCAACAGUGAGAAUUACCUCGAACCUAUUAAUAUGUAUGUGGUCGUUUUUCGGGAGGGAGUGGUUUCAUUCCACUUCUCUCAGACUCCCCACUCCGCCAACGUGCGGCGAAGAAUCCGUCAACUCAUGGAUUAUCUGAUUUUGAGCUCCGACUGGAUCUCAUAUGCAUUGAUCGACGAUAUCACUGAUGUCUUCGGCCCACUGAUUCAAGCUAUCGAAGAUGAAGUCGACGAUAUAGAUGAAUUGAUCAUGCAGAUGCACUCAUCAAGUAAAGAAGGCGCUUCAGUCAUGGCCUCGUUCUCGCCCGGAGAUAUGCUACGACGAGUGGGAGAAUGCCGCAAGAAAGUCAUGGGCCUAUACCGGCUACUGAGCAACAAGGCCGAUGUGGUCAAGGGGUUUGCCAAGCGCUGUAAUGAGCAGUGGGAGGUAGCACCAAAAUCCGAGAUUGGUCUGUAUCUGGGAGAUAUUCAGGAUCACAUCAUGACUAUGACUGGAAAUUUGACACAUUAUGAGACGAUGCUCUCACGCGCACAUUCCAAUUACCUGGCGCAGAUAAAUAUUCUGAUGAACGAGCGUCAAGAGCAGACUGCGGAUGUUUUGGGCAAACUUACCGUUUUGGGUACUAUUGUCCUCCCCAUGAACAUUAUAUGUGGCAUGUGGGGUAUGAACGUCAAAGUUCCCGGUCAGGAUAUUGACAGCCUUAAUUGGUUCUGGUCGAUCACUGCUGGCUUGGUUUUCUUUGCCUUGCUUUCCUUCUUAAUCGCCAAGCGAGUGUACAAUAUUGUGUAG